GCCAGGCGUGCCUGAUGGGGGCGGUAGCCUCGAGCCUCAGGCCUCCAGCGCGCGCCAUUUCCUGUCGGAUCUCUCCGUGGAUUCCAGGUCGGCGGCGCCGCCAGCGGGCCUGACCACCCCUGCCAAGGGUGCCGGGAGCGACGCCGUAUCAGUGCUGGGCGGGGGCAGUCUGUCUGGUCGCAACGCAUCCUUUCAGCGCGGCCCCUCUUCCGUCUACGGCGCCUACGGGGCAGGCGGGGGCCUCGACGACGGCCCGCCCGCCAGGAACGCCAAGGAACCCGUGGCGAAGCUGAGCGUCUGGGCCAUCCUGGAGCACAAGAAGAAGGGCACCCAGAUGCGGUGCGCCAUGGAGUUCCUGCAGAAGGAGCCUGACGCACCCGACGCUGACAUGCUGCAGGAGAAGAUAGAGUUGGCGGCCACGUGCACGCAGUUUCAUCGCGGCGGCGUCUUCGAGGUCAGCCUCACGGAUUACAACGAGAUCUGCGAGGGCUUGCUCAGCUCUGGAGGAGAGGCCCCCGCGGUUGCCAAGCAGUGCGUUCUCGACAGGCGCGUCGAGACCUGGCAGGAGGACCCAGAUAGCUACAACAAGAUUGACGAGAUCAUGGGCAUCGUGUUCCCUUGGGACAGGGCGAUGGCGAAGGACAAAUCCUCGGGGAAAGAGAAAGGUGAAAUGGGGCCCUUCGCGUGCACGUGUGACCCGACGAACCCCAGAGUGCGUGCCUUGGACAUCUCCGACCCGGAGAGAGCUCUGAAGUUCGGUGAGACCGCAGGCGCGCAGCAGGUGAUCAAUUUCCCCAAGGGCUUCCUGGCCGACUUGCUGAACAUGCCAGCCGAUGGCGUGGAAGAGACAUUGGCCAACGUGGUCACCGAGCUGCUCACGUGCUUCAGGGGGAUCCUGGUGAUGAUGUUCCAGACGGUGGACGGCGGCGGGCCCCGCGAUGACUUCGCGGACCUGGCGACGCCGCCGAAGCAGUGCGCUUUAGCCCAAUCGCUGGCCGCGACCAUCCGCUCAUCCAUACUGGAGAUCAGGACCGCAUUGGAACCAGGUGCAGCGGCCGUACCUUUGGACACGCUGAAGGCGUACAUGGAGAGCAUCUACAUGCUGAAGGGCGAGCUGCCUGAGGACGCGUUCGAUGGCAUCAUGGGUCCGCUGAAGGACUGCGCAAUGCACAACCUCGCACUCAGUCACGACAAGCUGGGCUCUGCAGAUGGGCCGUUGGACGCCUUGAUCGCGCAUGAGACGUUCUUCUUGGACGUGCGGGAUAGGAAAGCGGGGGUUGCGAACGAGACGUUGCUGAUGGAUCUGAAGGCGGCGUGCGAAGCCGCCGAGGCGGCGACCAGCUUCGAGGCACUCGUGGCCAAACAGGAUGCGUUGGGAUUAUCGUUGUCGGCCGCGAAUAGGCUGCGCGAGUACCCGGAGCUCAGCGCGCUGGGCGUGGACUCAAUCACCCUCACGAUGGUCGUCGGCAUCGUCGCGUCUCUCUGGGGCCCUGACGGCUUCGCGGAUGCCGCUUGCAGCAAGUUGAUGGUCACCGACCUGCGCAUGCUGAAGCCGUGGGCUCCAGCGAGCACCCAUUCCAUGAAGGGCGUCUCCGUCAGCUCGUUCCUCGAGGUGUUCGGCGAGGCGCUCGGCCUGGCCGAGCGUCGCCGUGCGACCGACAUGAAGCACGGGAGCUCGGUCGAGGACCUCGUGAAUAAGAUCCCGCUGGAGGAUGCGAAGGAGAUGCUCGCGCUCGUCGGCCCCUUCAACACGAAGCUCGACGCAUUGGACAUGCAAUUGACACAGAAAGGCGCCGCCAUCAACGCUGCUGGCAUCCACGUGUGUUUGAAGAGCACGCAUACGUUCACCAGUGGCAUCGUCGACCAGAAGCUGAACCACAACAAGAUCAAUAUCGAGGACUACUCUGGCGACGCUGAGGUUUUGACGACUUGGGCAGGCGGCUGCAACGGUAAGAUCUGGUCGGAGGAGCUCAAGCCAGAUGACAAGAUCGCGCUUGCUGCUACGAAAGUGGGCCGUUCGCAGACCGUGUUCCCACCAGAUCAGUUCGUGGUCGAUGCGUUCAACGUUGUGCAGGGGGCGCUUACGACGAUCUUUGAGGGUAAGGUCAUCGGUUCCGUCGAUGCGUUGAAAGGCAACCUGGUGCAGAUGAAAACAGCGAUCGGCGGCUACAAGAAGAAGGCUUCGACUUACGAUCUGCGGGAUGACAAGCCGUUCCAGAUAUGGGCGGAGGCGGUUCCAGCGGUUUUGGAGAUAGAGAAAAAGGCCAUGGCGAUGAUAAG